GAUAAUAAGACUAUAGGGGUUGUAUAUGUAUGUCGCGCAACCCUAACACAAGUCUGCCUAUUUGUACUUUUUCUUUAACAAAAUAAGUGUAACAACAAUAAUUAUUCAAUUAUCGAGAGUGUAGUGUACGAAUAAGACUUUAAGAAGGAUGUGUAUUGCAUUGAAUCCAUCAGGAAUCUAUUUUGACGGAUAUCAGGAAACUAGUGAAAUUGUAAAAUGACAGCCAGCGAUUGUACGUUUCGGGUUCUUUUAGUGAAAAUCCAAAAUUAGGUCCGUGUUAUUAGUUAUUAAAACCUUGGUGUAUCUUCAGUAUUUUUCGAGAAUUUCUAGCGCAGUGAGCUUUAAAGUGUCGGAAGUUGUGUUUAGUGUUGCCAUUUUCACAAGCAGUACGCCAUUUUGCAAUUUGCUUUAGGCGUAUACAUUUUAUGUUGAUGUCGCUAUUAGGCUCGCAUUUAGUGGUACAAUUCCAGAAUGUUUACGUGGAUUAAUGCUUUUUGAGUUUAUUCUGAAGAUACUAAAGGUCAUCAUGUGGUAGGCGGGGCUAGGGGGGCCCUCCCCCCUAUAGACCUGGCGCCGCCAUCACGGAUCACAACGGCGACCGACACAGAUGUCCUGACAACGGGCCCAGGGCCACCAGAAUGCCUGCGGACGACGAGUAUGGCCGAAGACAGAUCUCCUUACCACAAUACGCCUCUCAGUGCCAGUCGCCUUCUAGGUCCGUUCAUUGUCCUGCUGGUUGUAACUCUACAGAGAAACAACAAGAUACUAUCGCCUCCCAUCGCUAUCCAAACGACAAGAAUAUCCUGGAUGCGACCUCGGCAAGUGACCGCGAUCGAUACGUUAGUACGGAGCGAUUUGUACAGGAUCGGGCGAUCGCUACGGAACACUACGGAAGUGAUCGGUUUUGUUCGGAACGUAGCAAUUCGGAUCGACUUCCUUCGGGUGAGCGAUAUCAAGGGGUAUCGGAACGCUAUCCUCUCGGAGAGCGACCGCAGACGUCUAUUUCGAAUGAUAGACUUAUACUCAAAGAACCAUUGCAAAUCUCAGGGCAUUGUCAAAAUGAGAAUAAGACGGUUUAUCAAGCAGAGAGGUAUAAUUAUGAUAGGUCAACUAAUACAAGAUUCCCAGAGAGGUACACACCGGUUCAAAACGUUGGUAGCCUUGAUCGGUACCACUCACAUAACACGAUUGAUAGGUACUCUAGGACUAGUACACCUACUGAUAGAUACCACACUUUAUCGACUGAACAAGAAAGAAACGCUAACACAUCCACCACAGAACGACACAAUAGUACCGGCUCUAAAUCAGAUUUGUGCAACACUAGAGAACGAUCGGCGAGUUCAGAUCGAUCAAACAAAGAAAGAGAUUACCAGAAUAGAUACGAACAAUACGUUAAUGAUAGAUUGGGAGAAGAUAGGUUUCCUGCGAUACCAUGUCCCGAAAGAUUCGCCACUCAAGAGAGAAUUGAAAGACCUGAGAAAAUGUCGUUUUCUCAGGUUUCUUAUUUGGAACCUCCAUCUCCAGCACCAGCUAGUGAUAGGUUCUUCCCACCUCCUCCUCUGUCGCCUGAAAAUACUCCUAGUCCAGACUGUUUUUCGAACAAUACUUUUCCUUCACCAACUACGACGGUACCGCCAUCGGAAAGAUUCAUACCACCACCACCACUAUCACCGUCACCAACCGAAACUUUUGCUCCCAAAAAUACAACUGAAAGAUAUGAUAAAAUCCAGAGAUAUCAAGGAUAUUCGUCAUCGCCGAAUAUAUCCACGGAUAGGUUUUAUAAUAACGAUCACAGAUAUAAAGACCGAUAUAAUCAUAAUUACACGGAUAGAUAUCAACAGAAUAACCAACAAAUUUAUACAAACGAUAAGUAUGUAAAUACGGACGGAAGGUUCAAUGGCGAUAGGUAUAUUCCACCAAAUGCCCAUAUGCCAGUUGAGAGGUAUGUUCCUCAACCACAAGAACCGUAUUUCUCAUCUUACCAAACUUACGGAUACAAACAAUUCAAUUCCAGCGAUCCAUAUAUGCGUAGAGAUCUUGCUUUCCAUUACCGCUUACCAAUACCUUAUAGUAAUAAUUACCAGAGAAUCAGAUUCGGAGCUGGAACUCCCAGCAGGUUCAAAUGUUGUCAGUAUCAAGAAGGAUAUCAGAUAUGUAAGUCGAGUCCAGGAUCUAGUUCCAGCAGUUCUGUAACCAGUCAAGGGAACCAAAAAGAAGUACCAUGUGUCAAUAGCAGUCUUCAAGAAAUUCAGUGCCAAAACUUUCACGGAAAGGAAUAUUUUCAACAGGAGAAGGGUAUACAGUGCGGAAAUGCGCAGUGCGAGAAUCGCGUUAAAAACACGAAAGGACAAUGUCGACAUAGUAUAUGUGUUAGUCCUUCGGUUGAAUAUGUCGGAGCUUCCGGGGGAAGGCACGUUUGUGCUACGCCACCUCCUAGAAGUGGUGUUACUCCAGAGACUGUUGUGUGCAAUGAAGCUUGUUUUCCCAGAAGAUCGCAAAGUACAUUUACUGUUACUGUUUGGAGAGGUACUCCACCAGCAUCCAUUCCUCUGACGCAAACGUCGAAACCUCAAGACCAACCUCAAACACCUCCAACACAGAAACAAACUAUUCAGCGACCAACCACUCCAGUACCACCACCACCACCACCAGAAGCAGGUAAACAGGAAAGUGGUGAUUACGCCCCUGUUAAUGAAAACCCUCCAGUCAUGAAAUCUCCUCAACCAGCUACAACUCCAGUUAGAACGCCGGUACAUCAAAGAGCAGUUUCACUUCCCCCAGCGCCACCAAUCGAAAGGCCAAGACCUGCGCAGCAAGUGCACCAUAGACCCGUUGCUUAUUCGCAAAGUGAAAGACUACAUAAUAGAGAGAGACCAGCUUUGAACAGACAAAUGAGUAGAAAGGAUAUGAUUAAGAAUUAUAUUAAAAAAGAAACUGCCAACUUUUUUGGGGUUGACGAGGAGAAGGAAGAAGAACAGCAAUUAAGGUGGUUGGACAGACGGAAAAGAAUGGCUUAUAGAACUAUGGGACCUUUAAAAGAGGAAUACUGUACUCCGAGUAUAAGUCGUUUUUCCGAAUACCAUCGAAGAACUCUAUCCGAAGCAGCGCCUCAACCAGCCCAUGUUGGUUCAGGUCAAUUAACCACUGAAAGGCCAGAUGUUCUUCCUGGUCCGUCUGAUAUAACUGAUUCUUAUUCAGACGUACUUCCCGAACAACAAAGAAGCGAACCCUCUAUCAGAAGAAAGGAAUCUGUAGCAAGGAUGACUUUGGAUGGAUUAUCAUAUGUUGUAACUACUCUUACGAGGCAUAGACCGCGGCCAAGAUCACAGCAAUCAACAUAUUCUCGUAGUUUUCCACCUGAUACACCAAUGGCUACACCUCCUCCAGAAGAACAAACUUUCUUCGAAAAACCCGUCAUACCUACAUCACCGCGAACACCCGAAGGUGGAGAUACAGUAGAUAGAUCGGAAGCAAUGGUGCCAGCCUACAGAGAAAGAAGUGAAAAUGUUAGGUACGCGGAACCUACAAGUGCCUCGGGUUGGAGGAUUGACCAUGAAAACGUAGUUUUAAGGUAUGGAGAAAACAGACCCAGUAUAGGACGGACUCGUAUUCUAUCGAGUAACUUAGAUAGGGUUCUUGACAAUUCUGACCGAAGACAAUACGGAAUGGGAUGGGUCGGAAGAAUGUUUGGGCAUUCUUUUAGAAAAUCUGUUACUCAAGACGCAAGAAUUCAAGAACAAUUAGACGAUAUGGAAGACCAUCGACCGAUGUUUACUUAUUGGGUAACGACAGUGCAAAUUUUGGUACUUUUCAUAUCUAUAAUUUGUUAUGGCGUUGGUUCUUUUGGAAUUGAUUUACAAUCGAAAUCGGGUCAAGUUCUGGUGACUAGUUUAUCAUUACAACAAGUGGAUUAUUUAGAACCCGCUAAUUUCUGGUUUGGACCCAGAGCUGGUGAUCUGAUCCAUUUAGGAGCAAAGUUCGCACCUUGUAUGAGAAUAGACAAUAAAAUAAAGAAGGAAAUCGACAAAAUUCAAGCUAAAGAACGGGAGACCGCAUGCUGUAUCAGAAAUGAUGACUCAGGAUGUGUCCAAUCUUCACAAGCAGACUGUUCGUUGAGAGGAUUACGACCAACGAAAACGAUUUCUACCUGGAAGAAAUGGAAAAUGGGAGACUCAGGUCCUGGGGGCAGGAUAUCUGGUUCAGUAUGCGGUUUGGAUCCAAAAUUUUGUGAUGCCCCUGCAAGCGUCCAUCCUUACGAAUGGCCUGACGAUAUUACCAAAUGGCCAAUUUGCCGUAAAACCAAUACUCAAUUUUCUAUUCAAAAAAAUAACGGACCACGCGACAAACUUGCAGAACAUAUGGUAUGUGAAGUUAUAGGCCAUCCAUGUUGUAUAGGGAUACAUGGUCAAUGUAAAAUAACAACUAAAGAAUACUGUGAUUUCGUUCAAGGAACAUUUCAUGAAGAAGCAUCAUUGUGUUCACAAGUUUCGUGUUUAAACGAUGUCUGUGGAAUGAUUCCUUUCUUCUUCCCCGACGUGCCUGACCAGUUUUACAGGUUAUGGACAUCGCUGUUCUUACAUGCCGGUGUACUUCAACUUGUUAUCACAAUUCUCAUUCAGUAUUUUUUGAUGAGGGACUUGGAAAAAUUGACGGGAAGUUUGAGGAUUGGAAUUAUCUAUAUUGGUUCUGGAGUUGCCGGUAAUCUGGCCAGUGCUAUUUUUGUACCGUAUCGUGCAGAUGUUGGCCCAUCCGGUUCCCAAUUUGGACUACUAGCUUGCCUCAUAGUCGAAGUCCUUAACGCCUGGCCAAUGCUAAAACAUCCGAAUCAAGCCUUAUGCAAACUACUCUCAAUCACAUUAGUUCUCUUUGUAGUCGGUCUCUUGCCGUGGGUUGAUAAUUACGCCCAUCUAUUCGGUUUCGUAUUCGGCUUUCUUCUAUCUUACGCCUUUUUACCUUUCAUAUCUUUUGGUAAAUACGACAGACAUAAAAAGAUAUUUUUAAUAUGGGUAUGUCUGACUGCCGCUUCGAUUCUAUUUAUCUGUCUGGUGCUCUUAUUUUAUAUAAUACCGGUUUAUGAUUGUAAAAUCUGUUCGUACUUCAAUUGUUUACCUAUCACUAGAGAUUUCUGCGCAUCUCAAAAUAUUAAUUUUAAAAAGGAGGAACCCAUAGUAUGACAAAAGAGUAUACGGUUUUUAACCGUAUAUUUUGUUGUGUUCUUUCAUUUUUCCGAGCUCAAAUGAUUGUUUCGAUUGUAUUUUGAAUGAUUUUUCCGUUUUUCACAUUACCACAGGUAUAGUUUAGAAAAGUAAGUCAACUAACAUAAAUUUAAAGGCCGUAAACAUAUUUUUCAUUAUUAAUCUUGUCGAAAGUUACACUUUUUUUACUAUCCUAGAUUACCGCUCGAUUUAUGAAAUUGUCAUAUAAUUUCUAUGGAAAGUUUUUAUUUCCAUCUUUAAUAACAUACUUAAUUUGUUCGAAACUUUUCCUUUUCCUAGCUUAGAAUGUAUGUAAUAUUUUUGUUUUUAUGAAGUAUGUCUGCAAUAUUUAAUCAACGAAUCUAAAAUAAUAUCGUAGGAAAAAAAUUCUACUACCUGUAGAAAGAAUCUUUUCCUAGAGUAAAAAUACAACUUUCCGCACUUAUUAGGUCAAUAAUUUCCUCGUUUCAAGUUGCUUUAUAGAAUUCUAAUAAUAAGUGAUAUAAAAUAUCUACUUCUAAAAUUGAAAUUCUUUCCUCAGUUACACAGCAUAGGGAAACUCAAAUUACUAUUUUUAAAGUCAAGUGAAUGGACAUCAUUAUGUCAAAAUAUGCGGUAAUCGUUUUGAAAUUAUCCAAUUUAGUUAUAUAAUAAACAAACUGUAUGGAAACAGUAUCACAGUAUUAUUGAAUAAAAUCAUUCAAAAUAUAAUUCAAUUAUGUAUUUUUUACUUCCAAGUUUCACGUUAUGUUUCUACUUAUUUUACCCAAUAAAUAUAAUUUCUGUUUUUAUUUAUUUUGUUUAUCGUUUUUCGUACCUCCCUAGUGAAUGUAGUGAUAAAAAAAAACUAAUGAAAUGUGGACUUGAUGAGACGUUUUUGUGACGUAUGUGUUGAAAAUUACUUUUACUUGUUUUGUGAUCAUUUUUAAGAAAAGACAGUUUGAUGUACAUUUUCGGGCAGUGUUACAAAAUAAACAACAUUAAGAAUAUGUGAUAAAACGACUAUAUAUCGCGAUAAAAUAUAUGACACUUCUUAUUUCUAUAUAAAUAUGCAAUGAAUAUUUGUUUUUGUUGGCAACGAAAAAAAUGCUACAAUGAACUUUUUUGCUGUUGAUCUGCUUAGUUGAAAAAUACCCUGACAAACAUUGAAUAGUUUUGAAUAUUAGGUUAGUACUCUGGUAUGUAAAUAGCAAAGGAGCUGGUGAAUUAUCGAAUUUUUGUAAAUAAUACAAUCUUCAUUUUUUUAACUAGAUUUGAAAUUAUGAAGUCACCCUCAAAACCCCACAACUAUUGGAUCGCAUAUAGUAAAAAGAGGUGAAGUAAUGAAUCUUAUCUCAUCACAAUUAGUUCUACUUGAGUUCACAAUUAUUGUGCCAUCCAGGUUUGUCAAAAUUCAUUUUAAAAAAUUAUGGAACAGUUUUUAUUUUAAUUUCUCCAGGCUGGUACAUAUUACAGCUAUCUGAUUCAGAAACUGGUCAUUAUUACUAAAAACAUUCUUAUAUCAUAUAUUUUAUUAGUAUAUUAUGGUAUAAAUCAACGACUGAAUAAUAACUCAUUAUACGCGAGUAGAAUACUAUCCUCUAUCCACGACUACUAAAUAUUUUUGUUAAAAUUCAUGCAACCAUUACCCCCAUUAUUAAAGCCACCUUAAAUCACAGAAUGUAAUGAAUUAAAUAUGUGAAAGAUUUACUUAAUAUUUUACCUUUGUUGAUAGGUAUUUAUCAUCAGAUGCUUUCAUCAAAAAAUUGUUGAUAUAUUCCCUAGAAAUAGUUACUUACUUCUUAAUAAUUCUCCUAAUUUUUUAUAAUUUCCCAAGAUUAUACCUUGAUGUAAUGUGAUCGUACUUCUAAGUAUUGAAUGAUAGUUGAUGAGUUGAUGAUUUAUAUUUUACGGACAAUUCAGUAAAUUUUAACAACAGAGUCGAAUUCAGAAAAUGGAGUGGUUUUCUUUUCCUUUUGCCAGUUCAAAAAAGGUAUUAUUCUAUAGUUUCAUUGACUGUACUGGUAAUACUCAGAUAUCUACGCAUAAACAAUAAUGUUGGCAGGUUUGAGACAAACUUAUUUUGUUUCAAAACUACUUUUAAAAACAUUCCUUCCAACUGCGGGUUCGAGGUCCCAAUCUGGCAUAGGAAAAUCAAUGCUGUCAGAUGCUUCCUUGAUUUAUCUAUAUUAUUAUAUUGUUUUGUUACACAAAGUAGUUUUUAAAGUUUUAUCGUGUAAACUACUUAAUAUUUUCAAUUUAUUUCUAUGCACAACACAAGUUAAAUCUUUUUAUUUGAUACCUGGGUACUAGCCUAUCCGGUUUAACAAAUCUUUCGAGAUUGGCAAUACAAAAUAACCAAAAAAUAAAAAGAAAAUGUUAGAAUGUGUUCUUGUAUUGGCAAUAUCUUUUGAUCAACUCUUCGAACUUAUGUAUAUUAUAUCGUAAACAUUCCAUAGUCUUAUUUCUAUGUGUUAUAUUUAAUAUAAAUACAAAAAUUAUCAAAAAUAUUUUCAUGAUAUAGAUAAUCUGUAAAAAUAAGAAUGAGUGAAAAAUGAAAAUUCAAAAAAAA